AUGGAAGAUUUAAGCUCAAUUGGUAAAGCGGGGUGUGAUAUUGCUGUAAAUGUCGGACAAGCCAUACCGCUUAUUAGUAUUAUCGCGAUAUUAUUUCGAGAAAUAAUUGCUUUAGCCGAAAAAGCUGGACAUAAUAAAAGAGUUUGUAGAAGGUUGGCUGAGCGUGUACGUGUAGCAAAUCAUACUCUCGCUCAACUUACUCUGAACGAUGAAAAUGAUCUGGCUUUAAAGAAUUAUGCUCAAGCGAUAACGAAUUGUAAAGAGUUUAUUGAAAAAAUUAGUGAUUCCGGGGCAUUCAUGAAAUUAUUUACUGCUCAUGAAAUUGAAAGUGCAUAUAAGAAUGUCACUGAAGAAUUAGAUGCCGCAAUUAACCAAUUAGGAUUAUCAAUGUGCAUUAGGACAAAUAAAGACAUCGAAGAUGAUCGUAAGUUAUUCCUUUCAGAAAUAAAAACUUCGUUUCAAGCCAUUGAAGAAGUUACGAAAGACUUGUAUGACGUUGGAAUGGACAUUCAACAAAAACUUAGUGUAUUUGAAGCAAAGUUAGAUACUAUUCAUACAGCAGUUGAUAAUGUAAGCAAAGGUGUCAUAGUAAACAAUCAAACUUUGGAAAAAUCUUUGGAAAAAUCAAAAAUACCUAGUAAUCAAAUUACAGAUACUGAUGAGGAUGAGGUGAAACGUGGUCAUAAAUCCAUAGAUAUCAUUGAAAGAGAGGUUGCUAUCCUCACUGAACUAAGAAAUUGUCGAAAUAUUAUAACAUUUUAUGGUACAAUGCAGCGUGGUGGUAAACUAUACAUUAUUUCUGAAUGGGCUGAAAUGGGCGAUCUUUAUACAUACUUGCAAAAACAUAAUGUAACAUGGAAGUUCAAACUUAAAAUCGCCUCCGAAAUAGCUGGUGGCUUAGUUUUUUGUCAUGUUUGUGAUAUAUUACAUCAUGAUAUAAGAAGUCACAAUAUACUGUUAACAAGUGAUCUAACAGCAAAGAUCAGUAAUUUUAGUUCUAGUCGUAAAGAAAGUGAUGUUACUACAAAGGUCAAAGACAUCACACUUAGAUACAGAUGGCUUGCUCCCGAAAAACUUGAAAAUUAUAAAGAUAAUGAAUAUACUAAACAAUGUGAUAUAUACAGCUUUGCUAUCGUGCUUUGGGAACUUGCCGCUCAAGAAGUACCAUUUGCCAAUGUUACAGUUGUCACGGAUCUGAUUACAAAGAUAACGGGUGGAGAACGUCCACCACCGAUAAAGGACGCGCCUCUUUUCUUUCCUGCGUAUGAAAAAAUCAUGCAGCAAGGGUGGCAGCAACGUCCAAUAAAGCGCCCAACUGCCGAUCUUAUGUUUAAAGAACUAAACAAUCUUUAUAAGUCUAUAAUAAAAUCUCAAUCUGAGUCUGGAGAUUUUGAACCGCCUUCACCAGUACUACGAAGUGACUCAUUAGAUUCGCAAAUCGGUAAUUCUCAAAAGGAUUUUAAUAAUAUAGAAGAAGGAAUACGACAAAUUAAGUUGAAGUAA